UCUCUCUGUUAUGUCCAUUAAGCUGUUCUUCCGCAGCCCACGCCACUUUAAUUUUUUAAAUAAGCUUUCGAACAUGCAAGCGAUGCCUUUUGCAUGAUUAUUUCAUUGGAUCCUCCUUUUUUCAGACAAUAAUAGUAACAACAGCUUAAACUUCCCAUCUCAACAGAGCUUGGAACUAACUGAUAAUGGGGAUUGCUAAGACCCAAGAUGAAGAAAGUGAAAGAAGGGAGUUGGAAGACUUCAGGCAGACUUUGGUUGCUUUGGCCGCCAGGGAAAGAAGCAAAGAAAAUGAAGAUUUAAAAGGCCUAAUGAGUCCCGACACCGCCAACGUUGAUCUUCAAGACAAGCUUGUUUGUGUCACCAGUGGUGUUUCUUUCCUCGGGGUUGCCUUGGUUAACCGUCUCUUGAUCCAUGGAUACUCUGUUCGAAUCCUCGUCCAUAACCAAGAUGAUGUAGAGAGGCUGAGGGAGAUGCAGGUUUCAGGGGAGAUGAUGGUGGCUUGUAGCAACAAAAUAUCUGUGGUAAUGGCUAAGCCAACUGAAAUCCAGGGGCUCACCGAGGCCUUUGAUGGCUGUCGUGGAGUGUUUCACACCUCUGCAUUCGCUGACCCUGCUGGCAUCUCUGGUUAUUCUAAAUACAUGGCUGAAAUAGAAGUAAAGGCCAGUGAAAAUGUGAUGAAGGCAUGUGCAAGAACAGCUUCUGUAAAGAAUUGUGUGCUCACUUCUUCACUUUUGUCCUGCAUAUGGAGAGACAGCCACCAACCUCAACUUCCCACUUUGGUUAAUCACGAUUGCUGGAGCAGUGAAUCACUUUGCAUGGACAAAAAGCUCUGGUUCGCAUUGGGGAAGCUGAAAGCCGAGAAAGUUGCAUGGAAAAUAGCUGAAGAAAUGAGCUUAAAGUUGACAACAAUCUGUCCAGGACUCAUUACAGGCCCUGAAUUCUCCCACAGAAAUCCCACAGUAACAAUAGCUUAUCUCAAAGGUGCACAAGAAAUGUAUGGAAAUGGAUUGCUAGCCAGUGUUGAUGUAAUAAGAUUGGCUGAGGCUCAUGUAUGUGUGUACGAGGCAAUGAACAAAACAGCAUCCGGAAGGUACAUUUGCUUUGAUCGAAUCAUCGAGAGAGAUGAAGAAGCUGAGAAGUUGGCAACCGAGAUAGGGAUGCCUGCGCACAAGAUUUGUGGGAAUUCGUUGGAAUUUAUUCCAAUUCGUUUUCAAUUGUCAAACAAGAAACUUAACAAUCUUAUGUCAACCACACCCAGAAAUUGUUAUGCCCAAAGUUGACCCAGGUCAACUUUCACCUUUGAUUAUGUUUUUAUCACCUAAAAACCACGUUUUUUAACCAUCCAUUUUAAUGUUCAACAAGGGUAUGUUAGAUUUUUCU